CAGAAGAAGGAGGAGUCCCGGGCUCUGUCAGGAAUCAAGGGAGUUGAAGGGCUUGGUCUGAGCUGGUGACAUCAACAGAGGGAGGAAUCCCAGGAUCUGUGACAAGUCAAGGGACUUGGAGCUGAGGUCUUUAGUCUAAAUGUGAAGGCAGGUCAGCUGAGAAGCCACAUCAGGUCAGAAGAGGAAGGAGUCCCAAGCUCUACCAGGAGUCAAGGUUUCUAGGAAACAAACUGUCCAGGAAGACAGAAGUUCUGUGAGAACCUAGAGCACCCCCCAAAGAGCCUGCCGGUGGUACCCCAUCUCCCAUUGUCUUGCUCAUACUUCUUGCUACUGCCAACAAGAGUCAUCAUGCCUCACUCUCCAAAGCGUCUACGCCUCACAUUUGAGCCAGACUUUCAAGCCCAAAGUGAGAUACAAGGCCUAGAAGUGGCAGAUGUUCUUGUAGCUGAGGACGAGGAGGAGACUUCCUCUAUUUCCAGUUGCUCUUUCAACUUCUCUUACCCCUCCACCUCCGCCUCCCCGCCUUCCUCUCCUGUGAUCCCAGUCUCCCUAGAGGAGGAGGAGGAAGAGGAGCCUGCUGCAACCCUGAGUCCUCCCCAGAGUCCUCAGAGCUCCUGCUCCUUCUCUGCAUCAUGGAGCACAUCAGAAGGAGUCUCCAGCAGCCAAGAAGAAGAUGCAAGUUCCCCUUACACCUCAACAGACACUGAAUCUUUGCCCAGAGACCCACUAGAUGAGAAGGUGGCUGAUUUGGUACAUUUCAUGGUCCUCAAGUAUCGACUGAAGGAGCCCAUCACAAAGGCAGAAAUGCUAAAGUUUGUCAUCAAAAGGUACAAGAAACAAUUCCCUGUGAUCUUCAAGAAAGCGUCUAAGUGUUUGGAGGUGAUCUCUGGCAUUGAUGUGAAGGAAGUGGACCCCACCACCCACUCCUAUGUCCUUGUCAACUCCCUGGACUUCACCCGUGAUGAGAUGCUUAGCGACAACCAGAGCAUGCCUAAAAAUGGUCUCCUGAUAAUCAUCCUGGGUGUGAUCUUCAUAGAGGGCAAUUGUGCCCCUGAAGAAGACAUCUGGGAUUUCCUGAAUAUGAUGGGAGUGUAUGCUGGGAGGGAUCAUUUCAUUUAUGGGGAGCCCAGGAACCUCAUCACCAGAGAUUGGGUGCAGGAGAAUUAUCUGGAGUACCGGCAGGUGCCUAACAGUGAUCCUCCAUGCUAUGAAUUCCUGUGGGGUCCCAGGGCUCAUGCUGAAACCAGUAAGAUGAAAGUUCUGGAGUUUUUGGCUAAGAUCAAAGGGACUGACCCCAUUUCCUUCUCAUACUGGUAUGAGGAGGCUUUAAGAGAUGAGGAAGAGAGAGCCCAGCGCAGAAUUGGUUCUGUGGAUAAUACUACUUCCAUGUUCAUUGCACAGCAUUGGUCAGCAGCUUCUCCUGCCCCAACUGAAGAGUGAGCCCAGAUAUUCAUGCUGUAUUUGAAGAGGUCAGUCCUGGCUCUGAGUAGAGGAGGGUCAGGGUCAGGCUGGGGAGAACACAGUAUACAACUUUGUGUUCUUCUUCUAUAUGGAUGAUUUGGAAGUUUAUCUUUUUUUUCCUUUUGGUAUUCUUCAAAUGCUGUUUUUUUAAUAAAAUGUUUAUUAGCUUUAGAAUCUAAGUAUGUAAAUGAAUUUGCCACACACCUAUUGCUGUUUAUCAGAUUUAAGAAUAUUAGUUUUGAUAUUUUACAAAACAAACUGGGGAACCUUCCCUCUUAUUUUGUGAUCUGGAACAAGAUAACAUGAUACUGGAAUAGGAACUUCCUUGGAAAUGUGAAAGAAAAUGGAGAAAAAAUGUAAA